GCCAUUCGCCUGCUUCUUACGGUCUUACCUGUCCAGUAGUUGGUUGAAGUCGCUCGAGGUCAGUCGUGGUUGUGUUCUGUUUGCAUUCAUGUGGCCUUCUCUCGGUUAAUGGUGUUAUUCCCUUGCUGCCAGUGGGAAGACGUACCGUGACACUCCCAAGACUUGGUAGCAUCACCCAGUAACUCGUGAACGCUCGUGUGAGAAGGUUAACAACCCUGAAGCAACAUAGAAGUACCAACAUCUAAUGUCAUGCUUUCGAUGCAGUGAACCGAAGGCAAAGACAAUGCCAGGAUGAAGAUGUCAGGACGAGCGGUGUUUCUUAAUGGGUUUUUCUUGUUAGUCGUCGCGUUUCUAGUCUCACUUCAGAUCUACCUUCAGUAUGUCCAGAGAAGACUUGGAGAAGAAGCUGCUCCAGAUGAAAUAUUAAACGUCGUCGAAAAAUCAUACCAAAUCCAAUCUGGAGACAUUGCUGGAGGAAAUGUUGAAUCUCUGAUAGACCACAAUGCCGACCAGGUUGCAGCUCCAGUGUUCCCUAACAUCAGGAAGUCUUUCCCAAAAAGAAAAGCACCUUACUUACGGAAGGCAAAGAAAAACAAGAAGAAGAAACAACAGAAAAUGAAGAAAAAUAACCAGCAGAAGUACGGUGGAUUUGCCAAGGAAGAUAUAAAACCAGGAUCUCUGAAUAAGGGUAAACAUCCAAACUUCUUUAAACUUGAAACAGAGCAAGGGAAAAAGAAGAAAAAUGCAGGUGGACAUAAAAAAGGCGGGAAGAAGCAUUUAUGAGAGAAGUAUUACUUUACUACUGUGCAAAUGGAACAAACAUCUGAAGAGUUACCACUACAAUCAAGACCUCUCCACUUCAAGCCCAUAGGUACAGCUGCUGCUCCUUCCUGGGACACAUCAGCCCAAGGGGCUUUGGAUGCUGAACCAGCUGGUGCACGCAGCUUAAGCUGAAGCUCUCUCUCGAGAAUACUAUUCAAACUUAUUCCCAAAAUUCUUUUAUUGUUCUUGGUCUGGACUUCAUCCACAGCACAUUUAAUAUCAUUACUGAAAAAAAAAAUUAACUACACUAAAAAUAUUUAACUUACUUAACUUGCCUAGUUUAGGUUAUUGGUGUACACUAAAAAAUAUUUAACUUGCCUAGUUUAGGUUAUUGGUGAUGAAACUGGCUAGGCAAGCAUUUUGUGCUACUACAAUGUGCAGCACAUGAAAACAUUAAAUUUACAGUGUAAUGUCUAAUAUGUCUUCUGUUAAUUUACUGGGAAACCCAAACCCACAUUUUGCAAGUGCUACUUCCCUAACUUCAUCUAUAAUUUGGAAAAAAUUUACAGUACUAAAAAACAAUAUGAAUAUAAAUUUCAACAUUUAAAGGGAAAA